AUGGCUGACGAAAAGCUUACUUUGAAUGUUGAACCUCCAGUCGGCAAGUUCGAAGCUAACGGUGGUAAUGCCACACACUCAAUUCUGAAUCUAACAGAUGAUCGUCUCGCCUUCAAAGUAAAAUGUUCAAAUAAUGAAUGUUUCCGGGUGAGACCCGUUUAUGGUUUUGUUGAUCCUCAAAGCAAAGCUCCUUUGGAAAUUCGAAGAGACAAAGGUCCUGCUAAAGAAGAUAAGUUUGUAAUUCAAUGGGCUGCGGUUCCUGUAGAAGAGACUGAUCCUAAAGCUCCUUUUGUAGCAGGCGCUCAAGCUGGCGAAGUUGUUCUUCCGGUCAGAGCCGAAUAA